AUGGACCCCACCGGGGUCGACGUCAACUCCCUCUACGGCAUCCACCCUGCCUCGACGACUGCCUUGACCGCUCAUUCUGGCACCGGCACCGGCACCAGCACCGGCUCCGGUUCCGUCAGCCACGACGCUGCUACCGCUCCGGCCGGUCUCAAGACCGAUGCUCCUCCCAUCAAGCGGCGCGCACCCAUCGCCUGCCGGAGAUGCCGUCGCAUGAGGAGCAAAUGCGUCCACGACAAUGCCACGCCCCCGUGCAAGUCGUGCAACGACGCAGGGCUUCCUGCCAAGGCCUGGUAUGUACUACCCUGUCCCUCCUGCUCCUACCUGCUCCCAUCUACUCCCUACCGUCCUCGCCUCCCCCUUUCUCGUCGCCUUGCGCCAUCGUCCACCUGGUUGCCCGCGCGCUCACAUGCUCCGAGUGAGUUUCCCGUCCGCGGUCAGCCCGACGCCGAUCGUGACUACCGCCACCCCCGCGCCCGCGCCGACAGGUCCCGGUCCGCCGUCAAGGCUCGCCGCGGCGACUCUGACUCGUCUGCUGGCGGCCUCCACCCUUGCUCGCCCGCCGACGACUGGCGCAACCUGCCGCCGCUCGACGACCUCAUCGACGGCGUCAACCGAUUCACCCGCCACUACUUCCAGCUCGGCUUCGUGCCGAAGCAGCAGUUUCCCGAACGGCUGGGGACCGACCACCGCUCCGUCAGCCUCUUCCUCCUCCUCAGCAUCCUCAGCAUAUCGGCCCGCCUCACGCCCUCCCUUAUCACCCGCUACGGCACCGGCGUCAAGGCGGCCGAGUUCUUCAUGGACCGCGCCUCGGACGUGGCCCUCGUCGAGCUCUACCAGGAGCCCACCCUCGAGCGCUGCCAGGCCUUUUACCUGCUCAGCAUCGCCCAGCAGGGGAGCGCCAUGCGCAAUAAGAGCUACAAGAUCAAUAUGGGCAUCGCCGUCCGCAUGGCCGUCCUGAUGCACCUGCACCGCGAGGAAACCUACCAGCUGCAAAAUCCGACGCCGGACCUCAUCAUCCGCGCCGAGUCCGCCCGCCGCACAAUGGUAAGGGCACCUCCCUCCUCUCCCCUCUCCCCUCUCCCCUCUCCCCUCUCCCCUCCUCAUCUCUCCCCUCCUUAUCUCUCCCCUCCUCAUCUUAGCCCUCCUCAUCCCUCCCCUCCUCAUCGCUCUCCCCCUCCUCUCUCUCCUCUUCCUUUCUCCUCUCCUCUCUCUUCUCCUCCUUUUUCCUCUCCUCCUCUCUCCUUUCCUCCUCUUUCCUCCUCUUUCCUUUCCUCCUCUCUCCUCUCCUUCUUUCUCCUUUCCUCCUCUCUCCUCUCCUCCUCUCUCCUCUCCUCCUCUCUCCCCUCCUCUCCCCCCCCUCUCUCUCUCGGGGACUGCUACGAACCGACUGGGACCCAGUGGAUGUUGCACAGCCAGGAUAGCCUCCACUCCGGCCCCCUCUCGCCCGUGUCGCUCGCCGCCGCCGACCUCACGACGCUGCUGCCCUGCAAUGAGGACGACUUCGCCCACGGACGCGAGCCGCGAUCCCGCGCCGCCCUCGACGGCACCCCGCCCGCCGUCGACAACCCGUCGCUGAUGCGCGAUCCGAACCGUUCGCUCUUCGCCACGCUCAUGCAGAUUCAUCACUUCUGGGGCAUCGUCGGUCGCCGCGCCGUCAGCUAUAGCAGGAGCGCCCGACCGUGGGAGCCGACGAGCGAAUUUUCCAAGAUGGCGGCCAGCCUCGAGGACUGGGAGCGCCAUCUGCCCCACGAGCACCUCUGGAGUCAUUUCCUGCUCAAGCGAUACAAGGCCGACGGCCAAGAUCUCGUCCGUGCCGGCCCCGCGCCCCCUCCCCCCCCGGUCGACACGCCGACGCCGACUGACGAGCACGCCCAGGCCUAUCUCUGCGUCACGAUGAUGACGAGGCUCUGCAACAUCGUCCUGCGACGACCGUACCUGAUGGACGUCAUCAAGCCGGACCGUCGAGACGGCUCGAAGCAGGCAUUCUUCGCCAGCCUCUCGAAGCAGCUGUUUCGGGACGUGCGGCAGCUCUACGAGCAGGUGGACGCUCAGUUCACGGACCGCACCCCGGACGAGAGCGUCGGCGCCCAGAUCGCCGCCUUUUGCGUGUACAGCUGCGGCUUGUUCUCGACGUACAUCUGCAAAUACCCCCACAUCUGCCAGGACGACGCGCUCGCCCGCAGCGGGCCCGUCAUGCUGCAGCGCGUCAUCACGAUCCUCCGGGAGUGCAAGGAGGUCUGGCCACUGGCCGCCCGCUGGGUCGAGGCCCUGGAGAAGUCGUCGCUGGAUCCCCAGUCGGAGGCGCCGGCCGAGGGAAGCAUGGACGACGGCAGGGACCCCGUGCCCCGGGCCAUCCGGCAGCUGCCUCCCCUUUCCGCGGCGACGCUGCCGGACAACGCGGUGCUGCCGAAGCCCGGGACGCAGCCGAGAAGGCAGGCGACGACGCAAGCGGGAUUGCUGACGCCGACGACGAUGCAGUCACCCUCGGACGUCUUGGUGUCCCUGUCCGGCGGCGAUCCCGUCCUGACGCCGAACCAGCAGCAGCAGUACCACCACCAGCUUCCCCUCCCUCCGGUCGGUGUCUCGUCGAGCUACCGCAGGCAGUCGUUGGACCAGCCGGCGCCGCAUGCCGUCUACAUGCCGCAGGGUGGCCCGCUGAACCGCGCCGACGGCUUGGGGAUGAUGAUGGGCGGCUUCGACAGCCAUCCGCCUCUGCCCUACACGACCGCCUAUUACCCCCAGCUCGGGCCGGGAAACGAUGGGUUUGAGGGCGAGCUGCAGUUUUACAUUACCGGUGCCCCCUCGAGCUGGGAGACGGCGGGCGUUUGGGCCGAUUGCCUGCAGUAG